ACGUCUUAAUGCAUAAAUGGGAUCGUGAUAAAUUUUGUGCCCAGGAGCGGAAGGCUCAGCAGCAGGAAUGUGAGGCUGGGCUUUGACUCGAGUCAAUCAGAAACGGACCUUAACUGUGCCUGCCGCUGGGUUUCUGCACACCCUCACAGCAGUCAUUACUCAAACACGCCAUCACCUCCACGCCUGCAGCAGUAAACAUAUGGAGUACUACUGCUUCCUCUUGCUCUGGAUCUGCAGCCAACAUUUAGGGUUCCAUGACUGCUUCAAUAUUGACACAAAAAAGCCCAGAAUCAUCAAAGGUCCAAAGCAAACCCAAUUUGGAUACACUAUUCAGCAACAUGUUGCUGCAGGAGGAGAAAAAUGGUUAUUAGUGGGUGCGCCGUAUGAAAUGACUGGUUCUUACCAAACAGGGGAUGUAUAUAAAUGCGCACUGAGCAAGAGAACCAAUGGCAACAGCUGCUCAAAGCUCAAUUUAGGAAAGAUAUCGCUGACCAACGUGUCAGAACGAAAGGACAAGAUGAGGCUGGGAAUGACGCUCGUGUCUAACCCUAAAGACAGCAGCUUCGUGGCUUGCGGGCCGUUAUGGUCGUAUGAGUGUGGCAGCUCCUACUACAGCACUGGACUGUGCUCCAAAGUCAAUUCAAGCUUCAAGUUUUCCAGGACGAUUAUCCCUGCCUUUCAGAGAUGUGAAACCUUUAUGGACAUAGUGAUUGUUCUUGAUGGCUCCAACUCCAUCUAUCCCUGGUAUGAAGUGCAGGAUUUUCUCAUUAACAUUCUCCAGAAGUUCCACGUCGGACCAGGUCAAAUUCAGGUUGGAGUUGUCCAGUAUGGCGAGAAGGUGGUUCACGAAUUUAAACUCAGUGACUACAAAUCAGUGGAGGAGGUGGUAAAAAGGGCACGCAGCAUCGAUCAGCGCGGUGGAGAGGAGACCAACACGGCUCUCGGCAUCAGCACAGCGCGCUCACAAGCCUUCAAGCAAGGAGGUCGACGUGGCGCUAAGAAGGUAAUGAUUGUCAUCACUGACGGAGAGUCACACGACAGCCCAGAUCUCCAGCAGGCCAUCGAAGACAGCGAGAAGGAUGGCAUCACUCGCUAUGCCAUUGCUGUGCUUGGCUACUACAACCGCAGAGGAAUAAAUCCGGAGACCUUCCUUAAUGAAAUCAAGUACAUCGCCAGCGACCCCGAUGACAAGCACUUCUUUAAUGUGACAGACGAGGCGGCUCUGAAAGAUAUCGUUGACGCUCUCGGGGAGCGGAUCUUCAGCCUCGAAGGAACCAGUAAGAACGGGACGGCGUUUGGCCUCCAGAUGUCUCAGGCAGGUUUUUCCGCACACAACGUGGAGGAUGGGAUUUUGGUGGGUGCAGUUGGAGCUUACGACUGGAACGGAGCGGUGCUGAAGGAAACGCGACAGGGGAAGGUGAUCCCUCCAAAGUCAUCCUACACACAGGAGUUUCCUGAAGAGCUCAAAAACCAUGGUGCAUAUUUAGGGUAUACCGUAACAUCUGUGGUGUCAUCCAGAAAUGGCCGUCUGCUCGUGGCUGGAGCUCCACGAUUUAACCACACGGGCAAAGUCAUUAUCUUCACCCUGAAGAACACGGGGAACCUCACCAUCCUGCACUCACUCAAGGGCCACCAGAUCGGCUCCUACUACGGCAGUGAGAUUGCGCCCGUGGACAUCGAUGGAGACGGCAUCACCGACAACCUGUUGGUGGCAGCCCCCAUGUUCUUCAGUGCAGGCAUGGAAAAAGGGAAGGUCUACAUCUACAGAGUCACCGAGACGAAUCGUUUUGUCCCAGAAGGAGCGUUGGAGAUCCACAACGGCGGCCAGAACGCUCGCUUCGGCUCGUCUCUCGCUCCGGUCCCUGAUCUCAAUGGCGACGGCUUCAACGACCUGGUGGUGGGAGCUCCGCUGGAAGACGACCACAAAGGCGCCAUUUACGUUUUCUUUAGCCACCACAACAGAAUACUACGAAAAUACAAACAGAGAAUAGCAGCGGUAGAUCUGGCUCCGGGCCUGCAGUACUUCGGCCGCAGUAUCCAUGGCAACAUGGACAUGAACGACGAUGGUUUAGUGGACCUGGCAGUGGGUUCCCUCGGUGCUGCCGUUCUCCUCUGGUCAAGGAGCGUUGUGCGGAUAUACGCCAAUGUCAGGUUUGAGCCCAGCAAGGUGAAUAUCUUUGUCAAAGACUGUCAGCGAGGUGGCAAAGACGUGACUUGCAUGUCAGCGAUCGUGUGCUUCAACAUCACUGCCAGGACGGCCAUUCCUCCCACGCAGGAAAUAGGGAUCAGGUAUAACGUCUCCAUUUUGGAGAGACGUUUCAACCCUCGGGCCGUGAUGGAUCAGCCGAGCAAGAUGCAGCCUCAAAACCUGACGCUGCUUACUGGAGGUGAAGCCUGCGAACACAUCUACUUCCACGUCAUGGAGACCACGGAUUAUGCAAGACCCAUAGUGUUCGCUGUGCAAGUAGGACUGGAAGAAACAGACGAGGGACCAGUUCUGGAUGACAGCUGGCCUGCCGUUGUAAAGACUGAGCUGCCCUUCUGGAAUGGCUGUGAUGAGGACGACCGCUGCAUGCCGGACCUGUCGCUGCAGAGCGCAAACGACCUGAUGACUCGAAAACAGUUCUGUGCUCGUCCUGUGCAGUCUCGAGGCGUUUUCUGCCGCCAUCAGGGCGGAGCAGGGUCGGAAGGGUCACUGCGGGUCGUUGAGGGAAGCAAAAAGAGGAUGGUGGUGGACGUCAAACUGGAGAACAGAGGCGAGAACGCCUACAACGCCCUGGUCAACAUCACAUACACGCCCAACCUGCGCUUCUCGAGCCUCAUAGUGAAGGACACCUCAGAAAUCAAAAUCGACUGCAGCACAGAGGAGAAGAAGAGAAAUGAGAAGAUCUGCAACGUCAGCGCACCUUUCAUGCGAGCCAAAUCACAGGUGUCGUUUCGCCUGGAGUUCGAGUUCAGUCGUGCCGUCUUCCUGGACCACCUCAGAGUUCUGCUGGAGGCCACCAGCGACGGCGAGGAAGUGAACAGGGCUGACAAUGUUAAUGACAUUUAUUACUCACUGAGUUAUGAGGGAGACCUUCUCUUCACCAGGGACUCGAACCCGACGCGCUACGAGAUCAAACCAGAGCUCUCGCUGGAGGAGCCCGGAGUUAUCGGCCCUCCUUUCAACUUCACAUUCCAGAUUCAGAACCUUGGGUAUUUCCCGGUGAGAGAUCUGCAGCUAAACAUCGAGAUUCCAGAAAUGACGAAGAAUGGGAACCAGCUCCUGCAGAUAUUUGACUUCUACAUCGACGAGAGAGACGGCACGCGCUGCUUACCGCCUCAGCACAUCGCGCUGAGCAGAGCUUCUCCGGAGGAUCUGUCCCGCUUCUCACGCUUGAACCAGUCCAACACACUCACCCUGCCAAUCCAGUGCACGGUCAAUAUAGCCUCCCACAGAGACAUCGGAGUUCGAAUCACCGGAGCGCUGAGGAUAGACACGUUACACGCACUGAAGUUUAAAGUCCUGGAACUGAUAACGAGUGCCUCGAUGGAGCUCCCCUCCGCCAGCCCCAUGUUCCUACAUGAAGAAAAGCCUGUCAGACAUAUAAUCCUGGAGAUCAGGAAGGAGGGAGAUUACAGAAUCCCUACCUGGAUUAUUGUUGGCAGCACACUGGGAGGGCUCUUAUUGUUAGCUCUUCUCAGCCUGGCUCUGUGGAAGCUCGGCUUCUUCCGGAGACAGAAACGGAAAGACAAGGAGGAGCAGGAGGCCAACGGCAAAGUAGCCGAGGAGCGGUAACGCAGGCUGAGUGAGUCCUGCAGACGCCUUUCCCACAGGGGACGAGACACUCAGGGCCCCACACCCCUCUCCCACCUCGCCUCUCUCCGGCCCCGCAGUGGCUGUUCACACAGACAGGGCGGCAUUAUCCGCUGAUGCAAGGCUUUAUUCAGUGCACUGGACCUGUCCGGCGUCACCAGCCUCUCUGACCCUCGAGUCAGCACUGUCGCACUCACUCAGCAAUCUUGCACUGGUACAUCGGUCCCACUUUUUUUUUUUUUUUUUUUUUUUUUUUAACUCCGUAUUCCACUGCCUGUGGUGUCGUCCCUCCACAGAUCUUGGAGCUGUGGUAGUAUUUUUCUUCCUGGCUUCCUU